AUGGGGGCAGGAUUGUCUUCAGACUGCCCUCUGGGGAAAUUACAUGCCAGCAGCUUCAGCCGCUACCAGCUGGCAUGCGGGCUUGGGACCACCAAGAAGCCUCCCACACAGCCUCCAACCUGGGCACUGAAAAUUCCCAGCUACAUUCCCUGGCCAGGCGAACUGCUCUUCGGCUUCAACGCCUCGGGGGCGGCGCUCAACCACAGCCUGCUGGCCCCGGGCGAGCCUGCUCUCAACGGGUCAAGGGUCGGGCCCGAGGACGCGAUGCCGCGCAUCGUGGAGCAGCCGCCGGAUCUGCUGGUGUCCCGAGGCGAACCGGCCACGCUGCCCUGCCGCGCGGAGGGCCGGCCCCGGCCCCAUAUCGAGUGGUACAAGAACGGGGCGCGCGUGGCCACCGCGCGCGAGGACCCGCGCGCCCACCGCCUGCUGCUGCCCAGCGGCGCCCUCUUCUUCCCGCGAAUCGUGCACGGGCGCCGCGCGCGCCCCGACGAGGGCGUCUACACGUGCGUGGCGCGCAAUUACCUGGGGGCGGCGGCCAGCAGGAACGCCUCGCUGGAAGUGGCGGUCCUUCGCGACGAUUUCCGGCAGUCUCCCGGGAACGUAGUGGUGGCAGUCGGGGAGCCAGCUGUGAUGGAAUGCGUGCCCCCCCGCGGCCACCCGGAGCCAUCGGUGACCUGGAGGAAGGGCAGUACCCCGGUCAAGGAGGAGGAGGGAAGGAUCACGAUCCGUGGAGGGAAGCUGAUGAUGUCACACGCACACAAGAGUGACGCAGGGAUGUACGUGUGUGUGGCCUCCAACAUGGCAGGAGAACGGGAGAGCGGGCCAGCCGAGCUGGUGGUACAGGAGCGCCCCUCAUUCCUGCGGAGACCAGUGAGUCAGGUGGUCCUGGCCGACGCCCCUGCACAUUUCCCCUGUGAGGUGCAAGGGGAUCCCCCGCCUCGGCUACACUGGCGAAAGGAGGAUGGAGAACUGCCCACAGGCAGGUAUGAGAUCCGGGAUGACCACAGCCUUUGGAUUGGGCGCGUGAGGCCUGAAGAUGAGGGGACGUACACCUGUGUGGCGGAGAACAGCGUGGGCCGAGUGGAAGCGGCUGGCUCCCUCAGCGUUCACGUCCCACCCCAGCUGGUGACCCAGCCCCAGGACCAGAUGGCAGCCGCUGGAGAGAGCGUGACGUUUCAGUGCGAGACCAAAGGAAACCCGCCACCUGCCAUCUUCUGGCAGAAGGAGGGAAGUCAAGUGCUGCUUUUCCCCAGUCAGUCCCUUCAGCCCACAGGGCGCUUCUCGGUCUCCCCCCGAGGCCAGCUCAACAUCACGGACGUGCAGAGUGGGGAUGCUGGCUACUAUGUGUGCCAAGCGGUCAGUGUGGCCGGCAGCAUCCUGGCCAAGGCCCUGUUGAAGGUAAAAGGAGCCUCGAUGGAUGGGCUGCCUCCCAUCAUCCUCCAGGGACCAGCCAAUCAGACACUGGCACUUGGCUCCUCUGUGUGGCUGCCAUGCAGAGUGACCGGGGACCCUCAACCUAGCGUCCAAUGGAAGAAGGACGGGCAGUGGCUGCAGGGGGAUGGCCUCCAGCUCAACCUCAUGGCCAAUGGUACCCUGCACAUCACCAACGUGCAGGAGACGGACAUGGGCGUCUACAGCUGUGUGGCCAGGAGUUCCACAGGGGAGGCCGCGUGGAGUGCCUGGCUUAGGAAGCGGGACGACUGGGGAGAAUUACCAGGCCCGCCCCCAGAACCCAGCACCCCUCCGGGGCCUCCCUCUCAGCCAGUGGUCACCGAGAUCACCAAGAACAGCGUGACCCUGAACUGGAAGCCCAACCCACAGGCUGGGGUCGCAGUUACCUCUUACUUGAUAGAGGCUUUCAGCCAAACAGCUGGCAACACAUGGCGGACAGUGGCAGAUGGCGUGCAGCUGGAGACACACACCGUCGGUGGUCUGCAGCCCAACACCAUCUACUUGUUCCUGGUGCGAGCGGUGGGAGCCUGGGGCCUCAGUGAGCCCAGCCCCGUCUCUGAGCCUGUCCGCACCCAGGACAGCAACCCACCCAGGCCAGCAGAGGACCCACGGGGCGGCCAGCCGGGACUGGCUGAAGUGGCUGUGCGUCUGCAGGAGCCCAUCGUCCUUGGGCCCCGGACCCUGCAGGUGUCCUGGACUGUAGAUGGCCCAGUCCAGCUGGUGCAAGGUUUCCGGGUGUCUUGGAGGGUAGCAGGUCCUGAUGGGGGAAGCUGGACAGUGCUGGACCUACAGUCCCCAAGCCAGCAGAGUACUGUGCUGAGAGGACUCCCCCCGGGGACCCGCAUUCAGGUCAAGGUGCAAGCCCAAGGCCAGGAGGGGCUGGGUGCUGACAGCCUCUUGAUGGCCAGGAGCACGCCCGAGGAGGCCCCCAGCGGUCCCCCCCAGGCAGUGGCAGUAGCCUUGGGGGGUGAAGGCAACAGCAGUAUCACGGUGUCCUGGGAACCCCCGCUCCCCUCCCAGCAGAAUGGGGUCAUCAAGGAAUACCAGCUUUCUCCCAUGGGAUCCUUUCUGGAAGCCUCCUUCGCCUACACGCCUGCAGUGUCCUUCCCACACUCGGAGGGCCUUUCGGGAGCCAGUUCCAGGCCACCCGGGGGCCUCGGCCCUGCUCCCUACCCUUGGCUGGCAGACUCCUGGCCCCACCCAUCUCGAAGCCCCUCUGCCCAGGAACCCCGGGGGGGCUGCUGCCCCAGCAAUCCCGACCCAGACGACAGAUAUUACAAUGAAGCUGGGAUCUCCCUGUACCUGGCUCAGACGGCCCGGGGCGCGGCCGCCUCCCCCGAGGGUCCUGUCUACAGCACCAUUGACCCAGCCGGGGAGGAGCUGCAGACCUUCCAUGGGGGCUUCCCCCCAAACUCCUCCGGGGACCCGAGCACCUGGAGCCAGUAUGCGCCCCCGGAAUGGAGCCAGGGGGACAGCGGGCCCAGGGCCGGCAAAGCGAAGCUUCUGGGGAAACCUGUGCAGAUGCCCUCCCUCAACUGGCCAGAAGCCCUGCCCCCACCGCCUCCUUCCUGUGAACUGAGCUGCCUCCAGGGGCCUGAGGAGGACCUCGAGGGCGGCUCAGAGCCAGGAGAGUGGUGUCCCCCGGUGGUGCCUGAGAGGAGCCACCUGGCCGAGCCCAGUUCCAGCGGAGGGUGCUUGGUUCCUGUGUCCCGAGGGGAGACCCCCUCCCCUACACCUUCCUAUGGACAGCAGUCCACAGCCACUCUCACCCCAUCACCUCCCGACCCUCCGCAGCCCCUCACUGACAUUCCCCAUCUCCACCAGAUGCCCAGGAGGCUGCCCCUUGAGCCCAGUUCCCCACUCAGUGUGUCCCAGCCCACUCUGAACAGCCAGGAGGUGAGGCCUGCUGGCCCCGGGGCUGGCCCCACAGCGGCCUAUCACUUCAGUGCCAGCCCUGUCCCUAGCACCGCCAGCAGUGCCCCAGGGAGAACCCGGCAGGCACCGAGGGAGAUGACUCCGCCACUUCAAGGGCCCCGCGCCCAUCGGAAGAAACCCAAGGCCGUGCCCUACCGGCGGGAGCACAGUCCUGGGGACUUGCCCCCACCGCCCUUGCCGCCACCAGAGGAAGAGACAGGCUGGGCCUCAGGGCUGAGAGCAGCAGGCAGCAUGUCCUCCUUGGAACGGGAGCGCAGCGGGGAGAGAAGAGGGGUGCAGGGGGCGCCCCUGGGGGCCCAUCGGGGACCCCUCCCGGAUGAGGAGGCCUGGCUCCCUUACAGCCGGCCAAGCUUCCUGUCCCGGGGCCAGGCCGCCAGCACCUGCUCCACCGCCAGCAACUCUUCCAGGGGCUCCGGCAGCUCUCGGGGCUCCCGGGGCCCUGGCCGGAGCCGCAGCCGCAGCCGGAGCCAGAGCCAGAGCCAAAGGCCCGGACGGAAAUGCCGAGAGGUGGGGGCUAGGGGUGGAGAAACUGCGAGUGGAGGACAGGGAUGACUGGGAAGAGGGAGAUAGAGAAGGGCUUGCAGGGGAAGUGUGGACAGGAGGCGGCCCAGCGAGUGAGGGGCUGGGGGAGUCUUGGGGAACAGUGACAAAGGGUGAAGGCAGAUGCCACAGUGCAGAGGAGGCUGGGCUCCAGAGAAGUGGGUCGGGGAGGCGGGUGAGAAAUCAGCCUGGCGAUCGCCUCCCGUGGUCUGUUUGCUGUGGGCCAGGCCUUGCCAUCCAGCCUGUGCGUCUCUCUCUAGGAGCCAAGAUAACGCCUGAUGGAGAAUCAGCAGAUCCGUGGGGGAAAGGCUUGUCCCGGGCCCGGAGCCCGGAUGGGAGCCCCUCCCCUGGUAAAUGAGGGGGUGCAAAGAGGAGGAGGAGGGGUCUCUUCCCUCCCGGCAGUGAUGGUGGGGCUCCCUGAGGACCGGCUGAGAAGCCAGGAGACAGCUCUUCCGUUUCCAUCCUACCGACCUGAGACCCGUUUGUAAAAAAGACAAUA